AUUUGGCUUGAAGGUAUUUAAGUCGUCGCCGAAGCUGAGGAAACCAACUUCCACAUCAGAGAGAGAAACAGAGACCACCUGGUUACCGAAGAACAUCUCCAACAGAACUGAAGAUGAAGGCUGCAUUAUUUGUGAUUUGCUGUAUGCUGGCUGUGGAAUCAAUUCGAGGUCACUAUUGGUCAGCUUGGUAUGAUCGCGAUAAUCCUUCGGGUUCCGGAGACUGGGAGACCCUGCGUGAUCAAAAGAAAAUAGGCUAUGUCUGUGGUGGUUGUAAACCAAUCGGCGCACAAUGUAGGGUGAAGGGGACAUCGAGCGUGUUUACGCGUUGGACUGGAUCGGCACCUGACACCCUCUCCGUUAAGUGCUUACCGACGGUGGGCCUGGUAUGCAAAAACGCUGACCAACCAUCAGGCGGCUACUGUAGUGACUACGAGAUCAGAUAUCAGUGUCCAUCUACAGCCUCUACCUGGACGGCAUUUAAAGACAGAGAUAAUCCUUCUGCAUCCGGAGACUGGGAAAACGUAGGGGCGUUUAGGAAUCGAGAUGGCGACAAUAUUUGCAAUGGUAAUCGCCCAAUGUGUACCCAGUGUCGUGACGUGUCAAACCAAAACAACUAUUACACAACUGGGGACGCUUUCAAUGCUGGUUACGAUUGCAACUGGGAGAACGGUCUAGUUUGUACCACAGAGGUCAACAACAAAGUAUGCAAGGAUUACGACGUCAGGUUCAAAUGCCCAAACAUAGGUGACUGUCGCGGAUGCGCACGAUGGACUUCCUGGCUUAACCGAGACUAUCCGUCUGGCAGUGGUGACUGGGAGCAUGUUGCAACCACUGGACACAACCCUUGUUCCAGUAAAGAGCCAAUUGACGUCCAAUGCCGCGUCCGCGGAACCAAUCAGAAUUGGAGUGAUGCCGGACAAGAGAUCAAAACCAAAUGUACCCCAUCCGAAGGAUUCGUCUGCUUAAAUGCUGACCAACCUAGAGGGUCAUCAUGCUUGAACUACGAGCUUCGCUUCCUGUGUCCUUAGUGUGCUUCUGAGCCGUUAGUUCGACCCCAUGGUUUACACACUGACCAAAGAGAAGGCACUUGCAAAUGUGUGGGGGUUAGGUCAGUUGGUAAAGGUACUGGGUCGAUUUCACAAAGAGUUAGGACUAGUCCUAACGUAGGACUAGUCCUAGGAGAUAUACAAAUCGCAUGGAU